UACAUUUUCAUAAAAAUGAGAAUGAAACAGGGUCUAAAGAUAAGCAUCAGGCAAGAAAGAAGCUGUCAAGUUGCAAUGGCACAGAACGCGGCAAAACGAAAACAAUUGGCCCUUGAAACUACGAACACCUUUGUCGUCUUCCCCACGUCACCUUCUGCUACAACUCUAAAUCGUCAAAACCGUGUGCUCUCUGUCCCAUCGAUUUCUUCUGAUACCAUCAAUCCUUUCAUCUACUUAUACAAACCCCUCACAAAUCUAUAUUUAGCAUUUUCAGCUCGAAUUUUUUUUCACAACAAAUUAUACAAAAUCAAAUCAAGAAUCGCCAAAAAUGUGUAGAGGAUUUCAACUGAACGAAAAAGAUCGCUUGAGACUCAAAGCAUUUUAUAUUCAUUUAUCAGUUUCAUGUACCCGAAAGAUUUUACCUGAUAUUUUGACGCUGCAUUAUCUUCCUCGGAUUAACGGAAGCCCUUUGGAGAUAAACGGGUCAGGUAUUAAACCCGAUUCGCCAGGUUUUGUCACGCUCCACAGGGUAUUAUUGGAGGAGAGCAAGGGGGUUGUUUAUGGAAGUAGAGAGAGCGUAAAGGCGUGUGAAGGAUUGAGAUUUGAGAUAUUUGUUGGGGAUGUAAAGGUGUUGAAAGGGACUUUUGGGAAAGACGAGGGAGAAAAUUGGAAAAUGGAGUGCAAAUGUUGUUUAAUGGAGAAUGAUGAUAUCAAGGUGAAGGAUGCUGAGAUAUGUGUCUCUGUGGAAGGUCAAGCAGCGGUGAUGAGAGAGAAGGUGGAGAUGGCAGUCGCACGGCGGCGGAGUCGCUCGACGUGUUGUCAAUUGGAGGAAAUUCCGGAGGAGAGAGAGGGAGAUUUUGAGCUUGAAUCAGACGGCUGCUGUGGUUGUUCUGAUUGUAAUGGCGACGGCAGCAAUAGCGGUGGCGAGAUGGAGGUGGAGGUGGAGGUGGAGGUGGAGGUGGAGAUGGAGGCGGACCAGGCGGUGGGAUGGGCCCUGGAUGUGGGGAUUUGGGUGAUGUGUCUUGGCGUUGGAUACUUCGUUUCAAGGGCUUCUUCAAAGAGAUUGCGUAGGAAGAGACCGAUAUAACAGGAUUUAGCCCCUUGUGGCCCUAUUUUUUUUGUAAUGAAAAUCGGUGGAGUAAUAUUUCUUUGAAAAAAUGGGUGAUUGAAAAAUGAGGAAAUUUUUUUAAAAAUAAGAGAGAAAAAUAAAAUGUACUAGAAUAUAAUUUAAUGGAGCCAAACGGGGCCUAGAUUACACUUAUAUAUGCAUUUUUCUUUUUCGUUUUUUUUUCUAAUUUCCAUUUUUAGUGUUCAAUCGUAUUUUUGUAUUUAUAGUAUUUACAAGAGAAUCUUCAAAUGUAAGAUUUUCCUUUUAUUGGAGAAACUUAAAUGCCUACAACUCAUUAUUAGGCAUUAAUAAGUAAGCACGUAGUGCAUGUUAUAUUAAAUGAGUCGAGUUAAGGUUUUAA